CUCGGUGCCGGCCGGCGUUGCGGCUGGUUGUGUAGUGCUCGGGGUCCGGCGACUCGGCCCGGCGCCCGGCAGCGCGCAGGUGGGCAGUAUGUCGCGGCGGCGGCACAGCGACGAGAACGACGGUGGACAGCCUCACAAAAGGAGAAAGACUUCUGAUGCCAGCGAAACUGAAGAUCACUUGGAAUCUUUAAUAUGCAAAGUAGGAGAAAAGAGUGCCUGCUCUUUGGAGAGCAAUCUAGAAGGUUUGGCUGGUGUUUUGGAAGCUGAUCUUCCUAACUACAAGAGCAAGAUCUUAAGGCUUCUUUGUACAGUUGCACGUUUGUUACCUGAGAAGUUGACAAUUUAUACAACAUUAGUUGGACUUCUGAAUGCCAGGAAUUACAACUUUGGUGGAGAAUUUGUAGAAGCCAUGAUUCGUCAACUUAAGGAAUCACUGAAGGCAAACAAUUAUAAUGAAGCUGUAUAUUUGGUUCGUUUUUUAUCUGAUCUUGUGAAUUGUCAUGUAAUUGCUGCCCCAUCAAUGGUUGCUAUGUUUGAAAAUUUUGUAAGUGUAACUCAGGAAGAAGAUGUACCUCAGGUACGACGGGAUUGGUACGUGUAUGCAUUUCUGUCAUCUUUGCCUUGGGUUGGAAAGGAGUUGUAUGAAAAGAAAGAUGCAGAGAUGGACCGCAUCUUUGCCAACACUGAAAGCUAUCUUAAAAGACGCCAAAAGACCCAUGUGCCCAUGUUACAAGUAUGGACUGCUGAUAAACCACAUCCUCAAGAAGAGUAUUUAGAUUGCCUGUGGGCCCAGAUCCAGAAACUGAAAAAGGAUCGCUGGCAGGAGCGACACAUCCUCAGACCUUAUCUUGCCUUUGAUAGCAUCCUCUGUGAAGCACUACAGCAUAAUCUGCCUCCUUUUACACCACCUCCCCACACUGAAGAUUCAGUGUACCCGAUGCCAAGGGUUAUCUUCAGAAUGUUUGAUUAUACAGAUGAUCCUGAGGGUCCUGUGAUGCCAGGGAGUCACUCAGUGGAAAGGUUUGUGAUAGAGGAGAACCUCCACUGCAUCAUUAAGUCACACUGGAAGGAAAGGAAAACCUGUGCUGCACAGCUGGUGAGCUAUCCAGGGAAGAACAAGAUCCCCUUGAACUACCACAUAGUUGAGGUGAUCUUUGCAGAGCUGUUUCAACUUCCAGCACCCCCCCACAUUGAUGUGAUGUACACAACACUUCUCAUUGAAUUGUGCAAACUUCAGCCUGGCUCUCUACCCCAAGUUCUUGCACAGGCAACUGAAAUGUUAUACAUGCGUUUGGAUACAAUGAAUACUACAUGUGUAGACAGGUUUAUUAAUUGGUUUUCUCAUCACUUAAGUAACUUUCAGUUUCGUUGGAGCUGGGAAGAUUGGUCAGAUUGUCUGGCUCAAGAUCCUGAAAGUCCCAAACCAAAGUUUGUAAGAGAAGUUUUAGAAAAAUGUAUGAGGUUGUCUUACCAUCAGCGUAUAUUAGAUAUUGUUCCGCCUACCUUCUCAGCUCUGUGUCCUGCAAAUCCAACCUGCAUUUACAAAUAUGGAGAUGAAAGUAGCAAUUCACUUCCUGGACAUUCUGUGGCCCUCUGUUUAGCUGUUGCUUUUAAAAGUAAGGCAACCAAUGAUGAAAUCUUCAGCAUUUUGAAGGAUGUACCAAAUCCUAACCAGGAUGAUGAUGAUGAUGAAGGAUUCAGUUUUAACCCUUUGAAAAUAGAGGUUUUUGUACAGACUCUGCUACACUUGGCAGCCAAAUCAUUUAGCCACUCCUUCAGUGCUCUUGCAAAGUUUCAUGAGGUCUUCAAAACUCUAGCAGAAAGCGAUGAGGGAAAGUUACACGUGCUAAGAGUCAUGUUUGAAGUCUGGAGGAACCAUCCACAGAUGAUUGCUGUACUAGUUGAUAAGAUGAUUCGCACACAGAUUGUUGACUGUGCUGCAGUGGCAAAUUGGAUCUUCUCUUCAGAGCUAUCUCGUGACUUUACUAGAUUAUUUGUUUGGGAAAUCUUGCACUCUACAAUUCGUAAGAUGAACAAACAUGUUCUGAAGAUCCAGAAAGAGCUAGAAGAAGCUAAAGAGAAACUGGCAAGGCAACACAAACGGCGAAGUGAUGAUGACGACCGAAGCAGUGAUAGGAAGGACGGGGCCCUUGAGGAGCAAAUAGAAAGACUGCAGGAGAAGGUGGAAUCUGCUCAGAGUGAGCAGAAGAACCUUUUUCUCGUCAUAUUUCAGCGUUUCAUCAUGAUCCUAACAGAGCACUUGGUAAGAUGUGAAACUGAUGGGACCAGUGUAUUAACACCAUGGUACAAGAACUGUAUAGAGAGGCUCCAGCAGAUCUUCCUGCAGCAUCACCAGAUAAUCCAGCAGUACAUGGUGACCCUGGAGAACCUUCUCUUCACUGCCGAAUUAGACCCACAUAUUUUGGCUGUAUUCCAGCAGUUCUGUGCUCUGCAGGCUUAAGGGUCAUUUUUAUUUUCUUCAUGUCUGGAUUUUUUAAAAAAAAAUCCUAAAGUAAUUUGUCUUAUUUUUUGAUGGUUUCACUGCUUGCUUUCUUGUAAUAGCAUUUAUUUCUUAAAGGAAAUGGAGAGGACAGUGAAGAAUAUAACAUUACCUUUAAUUUCCUCUAAAAAGCAAAUAUUUCUUCAUGACAAUGUGACGAUGACCAUGAUGUAUUAUAUAUGUGACAGAUACAACUUUUCUGUGAUUACUUUGGUAUUUUUUCUCUUUAAGGCACAAAACAAUAGAUUUGAGCUAGUAAAACUAUAGGUCAAGCUUAUAAAGUAGUAAAUAGAACUAAUGAGCUUACUACCAGGUAGCAUAGCUUUUCACAGCUCCUGGAUAACCUAACAUGACUGAAAUAAAACUAAAACUAUGUUUUUUUAACCUUUGGUAUUUUAUGAUUUAUCAUCUUUUAAAAUCGGUGGUUUCUUACUGAAGACAUACUUCCAUUUGAAAUUUUCACUUCUAAAUAUUUUUCUUUAGGAUCUUAAGACUACUUCCUAGUACAGUGGUGCCUCAAUUCACAAACGUAAUUCUUUCCACAAUUCUGGUUGCACACUGUAUUGGACAAGAACCACAUCAAAUUCAGUAGAUAGGUUCUAGUUUAUAGGAAAAUUUGACCUGGUUCAUGACCAGUUCUGUUUGUGACUAGAAUUGAGAGAAUGAAGUUCAUAAACCAGGGUACCACUAUAUUGCGUUACUGUUCGGUGAUUGCCAGAUUUAUCUAAACCUAAAUUGCCUGGGAAUCUUCAGUCAUUUUAAAACUUAAACUACAAUCUCUGGAGGUAGCACAUAGACCUCAUCAGUUGUUAAAGCUCCGCAGGUGAGUCCCUGCUUGGGAAACCAUUAUCUUAGACUGAGAGCCUCUGGGUAUUUUCCAUGGCUUCUGAGAAAGAUUUGUCCAAGAGUAAGCUGCGUGCUGAAGUGGACCUAGAAGUAGAUAAGUUGCCUAAAACUAUACUUGGAAUGAAAGGUGAGUUUGGGUUUUGUCCCCAGAUCCUGGUUCAAACAACUAAUUCCUGACUUUUUCCCAGGAUAAUAUUGAGGCAUAAGUGAGAGCCUUUUGUAAAAAAAUAAUAAGGAAUUAUUUAAUGUUCCAAAUUUUUAGGAUUUUUUAGACUUUUUUCACUAAACCUUAGAAAAUUUUACUAAUAAUCCUAUAAUUACUGGUGGUGUUUCUGUGCACUUGCAGAACAUAGUAUCUUUUUUUCCACUUACUACAUCCUAAGUUUAUGAUGCAUUGAACUUUUUCCGUGUUUUGCUGUAUGGUCUCUGGUUUUCCAUACGUUUUAGUGGCUACAGAACAUUGUCCACUCAAUAGGUGCAAAUUUCAAAGACUUCUAAAUACUGUACAAGGCAGGAAAUACUUAUUCAAUAGAUCAAGGCUGCAUGGCACCCAUGUUUUUGGCUGAAUAGUCUUAUUUAUACUGCUCCUUCUUUCUGUUGCUUAAACAUAGCGCACUGUGUGACUGGUUGGAAUUGGCUUCUGUACCUAGGAAACCAAAGGAUAACACUUAAGACACUGGUACCUUUUUUUUCUUCUUCCCCACACCCCAGUUGCCCUUUACUUUUGAGCAUUUUCCUUUCAUUUCACAAUGUCUGUCGAUACCUUUGAUUCUCAGAACUGCUUUGUAAUACUUUUACAAUACAUAGCAAAGUUUGCCUGCUUACACUUCAUCCACAUUCUAGAGAAAUGCGUAGGUUUUAUUUCUUUUCUCUUGAUCCUUUCCAUGUAUAAUUGUUGCUUCUUAAAAACUGUUCAUUGAUGCGACUCUGUGUGGCAGUGAGGUACAUGGAAGAAUAAGCUAGGGAUUUGAAGGAAUGAAGGCCCAAGGGCAGACAUUCAGUAGUUGCUCUCCCCGUUAAUAAAGUUACACAGACAAAAGGAAGGCAUGUCACUGUACAUCAUACCUUGCAAUAAAUCAACUUUGUUAAAUCA